AUGGACACCUGGUGUACAGUAACCUUUGACACUGUUUCUCUGAUGUGCUCCUCUGUUGCUGGGAAUGUUGUCUUGGCUGAAAUCUCUGAUGUGCAGCUGGUGGUAACAGCCAAACACAAAAUGUUAGCAACGUUCGCUGCGGAAGACCAGUGCUGACUGCAGUAACUUUCCUCAAGAUCCACAGAUGCACACAGAGCUUGGAAAUGCCACUAAAGCAUCAGCAGCUUGGAUUUCAGUUUGUAAGCAUCCCCAGUAUAAUGCAGAGAAGGUUUUAGUUGGACACAAAACUAAUUAAAUGCUUCAAAGUCUUAUCUUCUUUUUCUCCUGAAGCAAACUUGGGCAAGUUGUGGCGGUGUGCUUGUGAUGGAAACAGUCUGUGCUAUGAUCACUCUCAGGAACUUGCCAGUUUUACUCAGUCUCAAAAUAAAUGGGCUGCUUUAAAUAAUUUUGAAGUUGCUCAUAGAAGAUAGGAUUAUCCCAUAUUUCUGGAACAUUAAACAUUAUAAUCAUGACUACAUGAUUACAAACAUGAGUGAAUUUCUUUAUAGUUUAUUAAUGGCAUCCUGGACUUCCACUAAGCAACUUAAAACCAAAACAAAAUCCGAAUUAACUAACAGAAAGGUAGGUUUGAGUAUUACUGAUGACAUCAUUCAUAAGGGGAGAAAACCUCAAGUCUGAAGAGCAUUUGCAUAGUGGAUGUUUUUAGGAUAACGUACAGGAAUUUUUAAAAAUUGUAUUUUCAGGAACUUAAAUCUUAUCUGAAUAGUUAAUACUUGAGUAUCUGAGUUUGAAAUUAAAUUGUGUGUUUACUGCUAGCAAAGUGUAUAUGCCUUGCUUCCAUAAUCAGUUCAGGCAGCUUUUACACUGCCUCUCCUCCAGUGGAAACAUAUUCAAGGAUGCCUUUGUUUCAGUAGCAUUUUGUUGAGCUUUUGUUUCAUGUGAGUUACACAAAGCUUAGAAACAGUCUUUUGUACUUUAAAAAGGGAAUGAGUCUGAAAUAGUUUUUGAUUAGUCGAAUACGUUAUGUAUGGUUGUACUUUGAAGCAGAAAAGUGUUUAUGUUCUAGGAAAUGAAUUUUUAAAACCAUUAUCUCUCCCAUAGUUGUGCUAUUUAAGCAAAUACUUUAAAUAGAAAAGUAGGUGAGAAUGUAUGUUUGGGUUUUGAAUUGUAGUAGCAAGUAUAUGACCAUUCUAUGUAGCUGGAUUCUACUUGCCAGUGGAGACCAGGCUGUGGCUGUAAGCAGCAUGUUUCACUGUCACUGAUUUCAGUGUGGUGCUUUCAGAGACAUGGGUGGCUUUCAUGUCUUGGCUUUUAUUGUUAGGCUGUUUUGGAUUCUCUUUCAUUUACCAGAAUGUUUUAGGGUGAUACAAAGCAUUUACACACCUUUGUUUCUGGAGGAAAUUUAUUCUCUAGGGCAUCUGUUAGUGAGAUCUUAUCAGAAUAGACACCUUGUGUUUUAUUAGAACAAUUUGUCCUCUUAACUACAGGCGUAUGAUACAGAGCAGUAGUUAUGUUAUGGAGAGACAGCCUUUGAAAAGAUGAAAAACAUGUUGAAAGGAGGUAAAAACGUCACUUGACUUGCUGGUGAAAUACUGAAACAAAAUGAUCUGUUACCAAUCAGGUUCAUUAACAGUAAAGGGAGAAGAAAAAUGUGUUUCCAUGGAACAUAACUGCUGGGCUGAUAAAUAUUUUUUCCCUCCAAACACUUCUGAUUUUACAAAACAAGCAGUGUUACACUGCCCACAUACCCACAAAGCUUAAAGUCCUAAAUACAGAAUUUACCUUCUUCAUUUCAUUUCAGUUACUUUUAAGAAAAUGUAAAUCUAUGUGCAUUUCACUUUGUAUUUGCUGCUAAUGACUGAAACCAGAUGUAGUUUUAAUCUUUUUGGGUCUUAGCUUCCCCACAUAUGAAACACAAGAAAAACUUCCAAAUUUUUCUUGUGUAGUAAGAAGACCAAUCUGUAUUUACCAAUUUACCAAAAUCUGUAAAAUUUUGUUAGGAGAACUGAUUUUUCUUUCUUCGUGUUAGGAUAUUUGCCUGUAGCCUCCUGUCUCAAAGCAUGGUCCUGUAGUAUUUAAUAAAAUGAGAAUGAGCUAAUAAAUUACUGGAAGUUUAUUAAGAGAGCUUCAUUUUUGGAGUACAAAUCUGCUGUUACCUCAAAUAAAUUGAGAGGUAAUGGAAGCUUGUUGCACAUCUAUAUCAGUUUUCAUUAGUACAUCAGAAUAAGGAAUCAGUUUUAUUUUUGGCAGGGAAAACAAAAUCCAGUAAAAACAUCAGACUGAGAGGUUGAAUUCACUAUCUUAUUUCCAGCCCUAUCCCUUUUCUUUCAUCAAAAAGGAUCAAGUUGUAAAAAACAAUUAGUGAUUAAGAUUUGUUUGCAAAAUAAUGUUAGCUUGCACUCACAGCAGUAGUAUUCAUUGGCUUUGUUUCGCCAUUUUACUUUGUGGAAGUAUAAGUCAUGUGUUUUGCAUGUAGGAGGUACAUGAAAAUGUAGACUAAAGGGCAUUUCUAGUUGUUUCAUCUUUUGCUAUUGAUACAACCAAAUAAUGAAACUGCUUUCAUAAAGAUAGUGCUAUCCACAGUAUUAUGUAGACCUGGUGAAAAUUCUUUGCCAGAAUUGUUCUGUUGGUUCUAUUUUACUUUGUAGUACUGUAGAUCAAGAAUAUUAAAUACUAAAAUUUCUUGGGUAACAGGUGUUAAAGAGGUACUGAAUUUUCCUUACAGCUGUAUGUCACCAUGAGGAAAAGCAUCCUGCCAUAGGAGAAGGCAGACAGGGAGCAGGAGUGCCCUGUAGCUCUGUGCUCCCAGCUGAACUGCAGGGGGCAUAGGGAUAUAAAAUCUACUGAUGUUCAUCACCGUGCUUCUUUGCAUACAGGAGGCUGCCACUGCAGCUGAGCAUGUGCCUAAAAUGAUGAAGGGAUUGUCAGCAUAAGCUUAAUUUCAAAUCUGUCUGUUACUUUGAGAGAAUAGCCUUUUACUGGUUUUACAGAAUUUGGCAGGCUGAGUUUGAGAAGCUGUUGUUUAGGAUUAGGGAUCAGGGUCAAACAAGGAUGAGAUGUUUUCUUGGAAGAAGUUAAAUGCUUCACUGUACCCAUGUUUAUUUUUAGAGUGAAAUUGCUUUAUGACUUCCUAAUGAGCUUAAAAGUUGACAAGGAUUUAAGCUGUGUCAUUAAAUACCCUGAAUAUUGAGAGAUGGCACAUUAGCUAGUCUGAAAUACAACUGUCCAAGCUAGCAAACAAUUUCACCUAGUGUACUGUUUAUCUGUCUGAUUAGAAUUGCUAUCCCCCUAGUUAAUAUUCACAGAAAGCAAAGUUUCUGGUUAAGGGCACCCUAUAUUUCCUUAUUUGAGACGAGUGUGAAGAAAGGUCAGGAGAUAUCCUGCCUUGCAUUGUGAAUUGUCAGGAGGAAAGGGAGCCACUGCUGUAUUGUGAUUUUUUGUGCUGCUUUCCCAUUGAUCAACUAAAUUGACAAUCAACUCCACUGUCCUGAGCAAUGUGGUUUAGAAUAACAAGAAAUAUGGGCUGUUUACCAGGAAGUAGCUAUAUCUCUGAGUGUCAGUGCAGUUCAAAAUGUGAUUUAACAGCAAAUUUCUUGCAGGAAAAGGCCAAUCAUGCCUUCCUUGUACAGUACAAAUAAUCAUGUGAUGGGGUUAUAAUCUUUUCAAGACUCACAGAAGGGUCUACACAAGACGCUGCGAUACUGUCCAUUUCCAUUUCCUAGUAUUUUCAGCCAUCCUAAAACUGAGAGAAAUGAAGAAUCCCAAGAGGACGACCUUCUUUGGCAGCUGAAGAUGAAUCAGUGUGUCCAGCAUGAACAGUCUUGUCCUAUCCUUGUCUUUUUCCACCUUAGAUCUAAUAGAGAUUGUGACAUCUGGGUUGCUGUUAGCAGUAGCAUAUCUGUGUGUUUGUGUAUGUGAACGUAACCGCUCUGUAUUUAAAUAGGAAAACUGAAACUUAAAGUACUGUUAAAUCUGAAUCAAAUACUUGUUAAAACAUGUGAAAGUCACCAUAUUCUUCUGAUUUCCCACCACAAACUUGCUGCAAAUUGUAUUUGUUAGUUUGUUUUCUCCAUUGAUGUAUCUUAUUUUUUUGGCUGCUUUUUGCCAUUGGAUUUGUAUUACUGUAAGAAAAUGCAGAAGUGAGAUUUAAAGAAAGCUUCAAAGAAAGAUAAAGGUUACUUUGAAAAAUUACUUUUAAAAUUCAGUGAAAUUUAAGUAUGUAAGCAACCUUGACACAACUUUGUCAUGUAUAAACUUCUGAGCGAGAAAGGUGGAGUAUUUUGGAUGCCAAUAAGUAAUGGGCAUUUUGGUAUAUCUGAACUAUAAUCACUUUGUAAAUCAGCAAUCCUUAAAAGAUCAAUUAAGUGUUGUGCUUUCUAUUGGUACCAUUCAACAAAAGAAACAUUUUAUUUACUGAAUAAUGAAGAGGGGAGUGACUUAAUAGUUUUUUUUUUAACUCAGGUAAUGAGAUGAGAUGGUCACCAAAGGUCUAAGUACUCUUGUUUGUUUUCUCAGUAGUACACUUUAUUGAAGACUGUUGUCGAUCAUUAAUUCUUUACGAAGCUGAAGGUAGGCUUGGUCCCAUGUUCUUAUAAGUCCUUAAAGGCUUCCACUAUUUUCAGCAGCCUCUGCUUGCUCUUUGUAUCACCAGUAAUGCCCAUUAACUGGCAAAGUGUCUUUGUGGGACUGAAGGUACUUCUAAGGGUAAAAAUGGGAAAUGCAGUAUUUGCAAGAAUCUAAAAUACCUUGCAGAACUUGCCAGACAGUUUCUGCACUUAUACACCUCAAUUGCUUUCUUAAAAAACUGUUCAUUGCCUUUUUUAAAAUGUCCUCUUUCUCUCAGGACUCUAUUAAGUGGCUUCCCAAGUCUCCUAAACUGUACAGUGGCCAUAACUGGAGCUCCCAGGGCUCUCGCUGGGCCUCGUUGAAAGGGAAGGAAGGUUUUCAUGGUGGUAACCUGUACAAAUUCAGCUCUGCUAAUGGAAAAUGGAGAGAAGGAAGGAUCAGUCCUGAGCAAGAAGCAGAGGAACUCGAGGAUCCUGAUGAUGAACCUAUUUCCAAGUUUUCUGGCAGCCUUUUUGAUAGCAACGAAAGCAUGCGAGAUCAAAGAAAUACCAGAACAACGCUUCAAGAAAAGCACAAGUUGGCAAUGAGAGGGAAGACUCUUCCAGGAUCUAACAGCAGGGUGCAGCCACCGGUGCCAGCAGCCGGCAGCUUCCCCGGCGAGAGCGGCCGGGCUGCGGAGCUGCGGGUGCUGGAUGUGCCGCAGCCCCCACUGAAGGUGACCAUUACGGUGUGCAGUCAAUUGGGGAGUCUUGGUAUUAGCAUUGCUGGUGGAAAGGGCUCAUCUUCAUGUAAAGAAAGUGACGAGGGGAUCCUGAUUGCACGGCUGCAAGAUGGUCCACCAGACUUGGCUGGUGUACAAGCAGGAGACAGAGUGGCUGAGGCAACCUUUGUUUCAGAGCCUGCUGCCCUUGAUGCUGGUCCUACUGAAGCUUCCCCCAAGGCCAGCCCCUCCCCAGCAGUCAACCAUGUCAUAACAAUACCUCGGAUAAUCCUCACACGCCCUUCCACUUCUGAUGAAGAUGCCGACCAGUUGCCCCCAGACCCUGAAGACUUUGAGCCCGAGGAGCCUGACAGCGCAGAAGGUCAUGCCUAUUCAGACUGUCUGAGCAGUGCUUUUUAUCCUCCCUAAUAAAGUACUUUUACGGCAGGAGUUCAUGGGUGGUUUUCUUUCCCAUUGUUUGAUUACAUUUAAUGUAGGACUUGAACCGCUAUGCCUUAUUUAUAGUGAAAAUGGAGGAUGGAUUGGUGAGGAGAACCCUCUUUGUAUUUCUUUGCCUUGAACUUCCUUCAGCAAGAACUUGUGAACCUGGAAUGAAAUGCACUGGGUCAAGUUAUGUGAAUGUUACCACAUGUUUCAGUAGCCACUUGUAAAGUUACCCUGAAGCACCUAAAUGUAAUGGAGAAAAAAGCAGGUGAUUUUUAUUCAGAAGGUACUUCACCCAUUUGGAAACACAUUGAAACCAACUGUAUAGUUGUGUGGGAUUUUUUAAAAUAUUGUGUCCAUGUUCUGUCUAUACAGCCCAUCCUUCUAUCUUUCCCCAGGUUCCUUUGAUUUGUCCCUUUUAAUGUCAUUUUCUAUGAGAAUUUUUAAAAAAAUCUGUCUUUUAAAUAGUCCUGUUUUUUUUUACCCACUGAGAAAUGUUAUCUGUGUUGGAAUUCUGUAUCUCAUUCCAUUGUAAUAAAGAGCAGUUUCUCCAGUUAUAUCAGUAAUGUGAAUGUAUAUCAGAUUGGAACAGGACCUGUAAGUUGUAUUGUAUUAAAUCCAAAUGCAGGAGGCACCUUAUGCAACCAUGUACCUGAGAGUGAAGUGAGAAGCAAUUUCUUAUGCAUGAGGAACUGUCUGAAAUUUACUUGUUUCCCCUGACUUGCAUAUGAGCAGAACACUUCUAAUUUGCCUUACUGCAGUAUGCCUGUAUUUCAUGUAUAUGUGUGUGUGUUUGUGUGUGUGUGUGUGUGUGAGGUAAGCAUUUAAGAGGAAAUUGUCCUGUACAGGAGUUUUCAAUCCUUUAAUUCUCUUCACUACUAUUCAGUGCAUUGGUUUCUAAUGCAUUUUUAGCUGUUUAAGAAGAAUUGUUUGGGACUGUUCUUUUUUGGGGGUUCCACGGUGCUGCCUUAACUCAGAGGUGGGGUCUGGCCCUGCUAGAAUGCCAUGACUUUCUUUUCAUGUACAUUAAGAGUGCAUUGAUGAUUUUUAUGAUGUUUAUACAUUUAUUUUCCUGUAAAUGUGAUAUAGCACAACUCAGUAACCUGAUAAAUUCUCAUAUUUUAUUCACAUUCUUGAGAAAGAUUUCUCAGGUGAUCAUUAAUAUAUAACUUCAAUGAAUGCUUUUACAGAAAGUUCCCAAGAGGGUAUGGCUUUCACAAAAAGAACAAUAUCUCCUACUUACAAAAGGGAUAUUUUAUUUUGAAAAGAUGGAUUUGCGCUAACAGUAUGAUAUCAAGUCAAUGGCAUCCACUUUGUUUCUUCAUUAUCUUGUACAUCUGCAUUUUAAUUGAUAGCAAUAGGAAUAUUAAGCUAACUUCAUUCAUUUGCAAUAUGAACAUUAUCUUAGAAUCUGCUAUGACUGUAAUAUUAAAAACUGUAUAAUGUGCGUAA